AUGGCACUUUUCAAGAUGGCGGAUCAGUACAGCACGGGCGAUACCAGUGUUGAGUUAACCUCGAGUGAUUCAAAAAAGAGGCCUCUUGACGGUGCUGGAGAUGGCAGGCCUGCUUUUAAGAGGUCAAACCUUGGAGGUAUGCACAGCUGAAAAAAUUUCGUUGUUCUUUGUGCAAAAUGCGUCUGUUUUUAGGCAUCUGCUUUGGUCAUGGUGCUAUGCGUCGUCAAGAUGAAAUAUCCACUCUGUUACGUCUGUCAGUCACUGUUUAAUUUUCAUUGCUGAGAAAGACGAUUUGAACGGUUUGUCAUGUAGCCGUAGCCCUGUUAUGUGCAACCUGCUUUUUAGAUUACGAAAAGUCAAAGUGGAAAUUGCUUUUUCAUGGCGAAAAAAUUAUUCUGUUUUGUUCACGACUUCAACGGGUGGGGAAUGAUAAACAAAGUUGAUUCGACUUGACACCGCUCUAAUUUAAACGAUUUUCCGUGGCUCUUGCGAUCACAUACAAAUGGUACCUGUACGACUUGAUAUUUCCCAGAAAGGUUACAAUGAUGUUUAAAAUUUUUGCUUUGCUUUGAGUAAACCGAACCAUAUGUUUCAGCGUCGUAAAAUUUUAAACUGAAAUUAAUUUACCGACUUGACCACAAUAAAACCAGGCUGACUCUUUUCACAUAUAUUUUUAUAAUAACACUGGGCGAUCAAUAAUUGAUUCCUCGAGUCGGACUUCUAAGCUUAAAGCUAAAUCUUCUUUUUUUAUGUGAAGAUAAGUUGCCCUUUAAUUUGUUACGCAUUGCGCUGCGUAACGCCUUGCAAUCGAGAAAAAAGGAAGUACACGGAUCUGUUGCCGUCUCUUAUAUCGUUUUAACAGCAAAUAUCCACAUUUUUGGAGAAACUUUGCGUAUUUUUAAACCGGAGUAUAUUUCCAUAGUAUUUUUGAAAUUAUUCAGGAGGGUAAAAAAAUUUUGUGACUACGGUGAAAGAAUAGUGUGCAUGGAUCGCGAUCGUGAAUUGAAAACAACAAACGGUACGCGAUAGCGAAAUUUUUAGGGCGUUCUUUCAUCCUGUGUUUUUGGUUGUGGUUUUAGACUUUGAGUGUGCAAAAGUCUUUUGUCUAAGCGAAUAUUAAAUUAAGGAAUAAAUAAAACCGGUGUUUUUUUCGAAAGCAUAAAUAAAAAUUGUUUGGUAUGCAUUGCUGGUGUUGAACUCCGAGGGCCUUACUAGCUUUCGUGCGUUCGUUCUUUUUUUUUUUUCUCACUUGUAAUCGUACUCACGUUUCAGUGUUUGAUUAGAAAACAGCGUUGCGUUAAGUUAUUGGAGCCAGCAAGGUUGGAAUGAAUAGUAUUUUUUAUCAAACAAGUAGCAAAACAAUUCAAUGUAUGCCGUGAAUAACUUGACACUUGCUAAGAAUUCUAAUUCAUGAUCGCUCAAGCAAAAAGUUGCAAAGUCUGGUUGGGUUUUCUCUGUCAAAAAACCCCUUUUCGGCUCAAAUGCCUCGCCUGGCACCCUUCGCAGGGAAUCAGAAACAUGACUAUUGUUCUUAAAUAGUGAAAUAUGUUUUUUCCUUGCAAUCAACAAAAACACAGGUGGCCAUUUAUAUUAUGCGUUUUGUCUGCGGCUGUCACAGGCUGUGUUGUGUGUGCCCCGUGCCUCUCAACCCGGGGUCAAGCAUUCAUUCACAGACCGUCAUACAUACAGUACGUGUAUAUUUAUUCUUCCAAACGUACGCCUUGACAAUAGAUCUUCAGCUUGAAGGCAAGGAUGUUUAAUACUUGGGGUUGGAAAGGUAAAUAAACUGCAGUGCAGUUGAUUUUUAAUUUCUUCUCUAGGGAGUUGAUUUAUUGUUAAUUUUUCAUUGGAAUCUGAGAAACCAUACUUUGGUUGCAAAGCCUUUUAUGUUCUUAUAUUGAAUCAGUUUUUGCGCCCAGUUGACCCCUCGUUAUUGUGGAGAGGCUUUAAACUCUGAUCAUCUUUCUUUCUGUAAUAACCAUGUAGACAUCUUUGUCUUUGCAUUCAGUAAGUCCUCACUGUUGAAUUUCUCCAGAUGUACUGUAUAUAAUGUUUAGCACAAGAAGGGUUUCUCUAUCUUUUAAUGUUAAUAUGAUCCUAGAUCAUGAAUAUCAUGUCUACACUUCCUGAAAAUCUGUUUUAGAUACAUGUAUGUGUGGUCUUCUUUUCAAUAGAGCCUUGAGUGGUUGAAAUGCAGUAGAAUUUAGCAGCAAUUUAUUGUUUAUUAAAAUGGUUUACUAAGAAAAUUCCAUCACUCUGAAACAGAGUAAAGGGUAGUCAUCCAAGGAAAUUUCUAAAUGCCAUUAGAUCUCAAUUUAGACUGAGUGUUUUAAUUUAAGAAACACUAUACUUUGUUUGAUUCAUUCUGUAAGAACCACUACCACCAUAUGAAAUUAAUUUUGUUUCCAGUGGCUUUGUGAAGCAUAAAGUAAUACUAGAAACACCCUGAUUCACAUGUCUCUGCAAUAAAUUAUUAUUUAAUAACUGCCACAAAAUUAAACUUUUAGAUUUAUCUUUUUUCGUCUUGUUUGUAUUUGCAUAUGUCAAGUUAUAAUGAAGAUAUCCGGACUAGAAGGAAAUCAAAUGCAUUCUUGUGGCCGUAGACCUACUGCUAGUGAACAGUAAAAUUUCUUAUAUUUUAUUCAAUUGAAACUAUGCCUUCAGUUAUGCAAUGACUGCAUUGAUUAGAGGCUUCAUGCUGAGCUGAUUGCAUGUUUUGCACCUAGAACCUUUAAAAAAUGUACUCAAAAUUAUUGUGAAAGCAUUGUGAGAACUUUAUACUCUGAAAUGGAUUCAUGGAACACUUUAUUAGAUUUCUGUGAAGAUAUUUUGUUUUUAAUUGAUUUGUGGCUUCAAGGAAUCUGUUCUAAUCAUCAUUCAAGAAAACUCAAAUUAUUUUAUUGUGUAAAGAACAAACUACGUUGGAUAGAAAGUGCCUUUGUGGUUGCGGUUACAGCAUAGAAAUAAAUUCAUGAAAAGACUUAAAAGCAUGAUGCAUAACUAUCAUAUUAGAUUCAGUAAUAAUAAUAAGCUGCAGCUAGCAAUGACAUGUUUGGGUUUGACCUUUGUUUCUUGUUUUUGUCAGGGAACAUGAUUGUUCUGUCAUUAUUUUCGGUAUUUUGUCUUGAUUUUGGCUUGAAUAAUGAAAUUUUUCAAGGUUUCAAUUAACAGAAUGUCACUAUCAUGAAUAAUGGUUGAACCAUAUAUCUUCAAUCUUGCAAUUUUCUUCCAUGGAUGUGGAUGUGAUACUCACAGAAGCAGACAUGUGGCAUGUGUUUCAUAUUUGCCAUGCCUUUGGAAAAGUCUAGAAGAAAUGAUCACGGCAACUCUGUUUCUCAUUUGACUGCUAGCAUUUUUUAAACAAGCAAAUGCAGUCAAACCUUGCAAAAGCAUUGUUCUAGCACUGAUUUCCCUCUUGUUUCAUUUUUCUUGAUUGCCCUGUUUAGUUUGUUCCGUAUGGAAAUGUGACCAGUGAGUGUUAAUCAGUUAGUUUCCUUCUGAUGACAUGUUUAUCCUUUGUAACCAAAAUGUUUGUGUUGAUUAUUCCUAUAUUUAAAGGGGCUCUGUGAUAUUGCUGUUUUCAGCCAAUUCUGCACUGAGACAAUUACAUAAUGCCUAAACCCAAACACAAAAUGCUCCAUUAGUUCUCCCAGCAUUUUCAAGUUUCAAUCGAUGUCAUGCCCAGGUUCCAUUCAGUGCGAGAGAACUUCAUUUCUUGCCCCUUUCAGAAGGUGAGCCGACAAGAAAAACAUUUGAAUUUAAAGUUUCUAGUGCCUAAUGGUAUUCUUUCACUAUAGAGGGGUAUGUUCUUAUUCAAGAUAUCUAAAGAUGUUUUGUUAUGCAUAUUUGUUAACUUAAUGUCACUGACAUAAAAUGGAAGAAAAUUACAGAUGGAUAAGGUGCUAUGAGGUUUUUAGACUCUUUCACAUACAUAUAUAUAUUCUCAUUUCUUUUUACUCUUUAGCUGCCAAGACUCCAAUUUUGAAAGUCCUAAUUCCAAAUCAUGCAGCUGGUUCGAUUAUUGGAAAAGGGGGCGCAAACAUUGCCGAGGUUCAGCAAACAACAGGUGCUCGCAUCAAACUGUCGCCAAACAAUGACUACUACCCAGGGACACAAGAAAGAGUUGGUCUCAUUAUGGGAGAAGUCGAGACUAUAAACAAAAUGUUAAAUUUUGUGAUAGAAAAGAUCAGGCAAGAUCCUCCAGCGAUGAGAUUAAAUCCAGCCAUGACUUAUGAUCGGGAGAGGGCAAAACAGAUGAAAAUUGUAGUGCCAAACUCAACAGCAGGGCUGAUCAUUGGCAAAAGCGGGGCAACCAUCAAAUACAUAAGCGACCAGACUGGAGCGAGAAUACAAGUGAGUCAAAAAAAUGCUGAAACAGUGCCAGGAGAGAGAGUGAUUGGGGUGACAGGCAGCUUGGAGCAGGUGCAGGCAGCCUGUGCGGUUAUUGCGGCAAAAGUACAAGAGGAUCCUGAGCAUGCUUUAAACAACAACAUCUCUUACUCUAGCUUAUCAUUAGGGGCUCACCGCGGACUCACAAAUGGCAGUUCAAGUUUGAGUGCUUUAAAUAGUGGUGGGUUAGGUGGACUGGGGAGUGCCGGGAGCAAUGCAGCUGCCAAUAAUAUCUUAGCGCAUGCUGCUUUACUCAGUGGCAGUGGGCUGGGGGCUAACAACCCUCUGCUCAAUGCUAUGGGGAAUAUGGGCCCUUUAGGAUUAUCGUCAACAAGUUCACAGAUUCAAUCCACAGCUACUCUGGAACUAACAGUCCCCGAUGAGCUGAUUGGCGCUGUUCUUGGAAAACAAGGAAAGACCAUUACAGAGUUUAUGCAGUACAGCGGAGCCAAGAUACAGGUAUCUCAAAAGGGCGAGUAUGUUCCUGGGACUAACAACAGGAAAGUUGUCAUAACCGGUGAUUUUAAUUGUGCGCAAACGGCUCAUUUUCUGAUAACGCAACGUCUACAACAGGUAGAAGCUGAAAGGCUUUUAGGCCAGCAUUCUUAA